AUGGCUUCUUCUGCCCCCACAGCGGCCACUGCCUGGCGUAACGCCCAGAAGCUACGCAAGUUGCUCGCAAGAGACAUUGGGAAACUCAUGCCCCCAAAUGUUUCUGGCGUUGACCUUUCCAAAUUCGAAGCCAUAGACAAUCUUUUGGACAAGUUUCGCCUUGCCUGUGUUGCGACCAUUUUUCACGAUCUUGACUAUGCCAUCGCCCAGAAGACGGAGGAGCAUUUAUGGUCCAUGCACACAACGGUUAAUACCGAGUAUCGACACAUCCUGAGCCGCCUCAAACAAUCCUCCCAUGCUGUCGAGAAACGCAAGGUGGAAAAGAUGUACCACAACUUUCUGCGAAUCGCCGCCAAGUUCUAUCAGGGUUAUGUCCAGCGCCUCGCCGCCUACUAUGACAUUCCGGAACUUGAACGAAUCGCGCAAGGGAUGGAGCUUGAAAAAUUGUCUGUCGAAACAAAGAUCAGCCCAGUUUCAGACGAUUUACAGCGCAAAAUCUUGUACUCUUGCCAUCUUACACUUAUCCACCUGGGAGACCUGACACGCUACCGGGUUCAAGCUCGCCACAAGAGUUCUGACUAUGAAGGCGCUUUGGUAUAUUACGGGCUGGCUCACCAUAUUCAACCUCAAUCUGGCUUCGCUUUUCACCAGACGGGAAUUAUUCACCUUGAACAGGACAAUCACCUUGAGGUUGUCUACAACUUUUAUCGCGCCCUGGCUGUGGACUCCCCUCACCCCAACGCCCAGCUCAACUUGGAGGCCGAGUUCAAAACAAUGCUAUCUCCCAGCGGAUCCAGAUCCAGACAUAACAUCUCUGGUCCGGAGGCGCAUUUCACCAUGUGGUUUGUGAAGUUGCACGCCUUCUUCUACAAAGGAGAGGUGUUCCAUCAGCAGGACGAGUUGGAAGGCGAAGUGAUGCACAGGCUGGAAAUGGCUUGCCGAAAUGCUGCUUCUCUCAACAUUCUUCUCAAGAUGGCAAUGGUCAACAUGCUAGCGCACCAUAUGGCGACGACACGGUAUACUGAAAAGCAGACAGAAACUACUAUGCGAUUCUACCAAUUCACACUUCGCUUCAACGCGAAAUUUCUUCAUACAUUUUGCAAAGUCUUUGAGUCUGAGUUCCGGGAGGCUGUUUCUAGUGCCGAGGGCCUCGACCACCAGCCAGAUGAUGCCGAGACCGGCCAAGAAAAGACGUCUGUCGUCGAAGCCCUGCUCCCAGUCUUGCGCAUAUAUAGCAUGUGGCUCGUGGCCCGUCGCAACGAAAUCUCCGGGUUGGCAGAUGCGUUUGGGGCGGCUAUUCCCACUAUGAUUCAGAGCGUGGCCAAAGUCUUGACCUUACUCUGCGAUGAGUACUACAACCUAGGAAAUCUUAAAUCUUGCCCCUAUCUGCUUCCAGAAGAUAUUCAGAUCUUGGGAUUCCAGCCACUUAACGAAGAGCAGCUUCCCGAAUACUGCAAAGCCUACUGCGGCGAGGACGGCACCCGCAAACCUUACUCUCAAGCUCUUGGGGGUUGCCUGUCUCAGUCGAGCGAAAGAAUAGGAAGAAUCCUCGAUAUCCUCCGCUGUGCUUAUUUCUUGGCUAAUGAGGGAGCUUUCCCCCUAAUUUAUAGAGUUGAUGGAACUCUUUUGGUUUUUGAGUAUCAGCCUAAUGCUGGGCUUCCACAAGUUCAGCCGCGCGAAGCACAGGAUAUUGCAGAUACUACCCAAUUGGUUGGUGACUUGCCCGCUACAGAAGAAGCGACGACUCAGACCGAGGUGAAUUCUCGUGAGCAGGCAACGGCGAACGUGGUGCAGUAUUCAGAACAAGCCCAACGGGAAGCCAGCCGACGUCUGCUGAACAACUCGGAUGACAUUUAUGAAGAUUCGGAAGUGAUGGAUCGAGCCACGGAGACCGUUCUCGACAUGGUGGUCCAAUUCUUGAGGCCUCCGACUCCGAUGGACCUAGAGCGUUCUCCUAAGGAAUCGGCGUCUACAAACGAUGUGGUUGGCUCCUUGAGGACUGAACCAAGUCCCACCUCAUCCAUCGCAUCGCGUAGAUAUGAAUCUCUUCCGUGGUCUUGGUUUGGCACCCCUAAUCCGCACGCCUCUCGAGAUUCGGUACCACCUGUGAGCCGAGAUACUCAAAACAACCACCGCAGCGCAACACACUCUCCUAACGCGUCUGUGGCGGAAAAUAUACCCCUUGAAGACCCCUUUAUUACCCCAGGCCGCGAUAUCUCCCGCAACAUCGCCAACGGAAUGGGCAGCCCAGCGGACACGGCCGCUGGAACAUUUCACCGGGAGCAGCUACUGCAGGCCUUCGGUGGGAGCGCGAGCACUCCACGUACCUCAUCUUUCAGUCGCUGGUCACAGAACCCGACCGUUACAGCAAUCAUGCAGGAGCCGCAAAACUACGGAGCAGUGCUUACUUCGUCAAACACUUCUACAUUUUCACACCCAAGCAGCCUCUAUCAGGGUACUCAGUUGAAUGGCUUGCAGUACAAUUUGCAGUCUGCUGUUGAUCCAAGUCGCAUCCUCCGGAAUACCCAUUUAAGAGAGACCAACCAGCCACAUAAUGGUCAAUUCCAAAUCCAACAGACGACGUCAAAUUAUGACAGGGCCGUCAUGGAGUUGGCUUAUCAAGGCUCCAGGUAG